UCCGGCUUUUCAGGGGGACACGUGUCCGAAGAGAAUCGCCCGCUCACUGGCCUGGCAGCCGCGCUUGCUGGAGCCAAACUGCGGAAGGUCUCACGGGGUGAAGAUUCCUCCAGUUCAAGUGGAGGAGGAGGCGGCAGCUCUGCUUCAUCUAAAACAGACAGUGGCCGUGGAAAUGGACCCCUUCCCUUGGGAGGCAGUGGGCUGAUGGAAGAAAUGAGUGCCCUGCUGGCCAGGAGGAGAAGAAUUGCUGAAAAGGGAUCAACAGAACAAGAGCAAAAAGAUGAUAAGACUGAAGAAGCAGAGUCUUCAACAUCUAAGGUUUCUUCAACAAGCACACCUGAACUAACAAGAAAGCCUUGGGAAAGAACAAAUACAGUGAAUGGAAGCAAGUCGCCUGUUAUCUCCAGACGGGAAUCUCCGUGGAAAAAUCUGCUUGCUUCUGAAAACAGGUUCUAUGAUUCAUUAAACAGACCAAAAUCUACACCAACAGGGCAACCCAGUGCCAAUGGAGUACAGUCAGAAGGUCUAGAUUACGACAGAUUGAAACAGGACAUUUUAGAUGAAAUGAGGAAGGAGUUAACGAAAUUAAAGGAAGAACUCAUUGAUGCUAUCAGACAGGAACUCAGCAAGUCAAAUACUGCAUAGAAAGACUAGUACUAAGCUGAUGUGACUCUUUAACUUGGUGUAAAACUGACUACAUUUUGUGAGCUGUUUGAAGAAAAUGGAGACAGACAGACACUUGGAAGGAGGGAGAAACAACCUAUUCUGAAAAGCUUCAGACACAUCACUCUGAUGACAUGCUAUUCCCCUCCUAGUUUGCAGCUUUUUUUCUGACCUUUACAGCGGGGUGGAAAAGACUCUUAAAGUUACUGUAAUGGUUAUGCAGAAAUUCCUACACCUAUCAGACAAGAUCACAGUGCUUUGAAGUCUACUCAUGUCAAGAUAAAAUUGCACAUGUUUCAGAAUUUGUUAAGACAAAAAACAGGGAAAAGCUUGGGAAGGCUUUUCAGAGAGGUUUUCUUUAUUAAUGAAGGAGUUAGCAAGUUAUACUGUUGUACUUCAAAUGUAUCUCAGGUUUGUCUUCCUAUCAUAUCUGAUAUUUCCAUGAAUAAUUUAAAAGAUCAGAUGUGUAGAAGUUCAGUUCACAAAACAUGGAACAGUUAGAAAUGUGUGCUUUUAAAGGGCAAUAUUUGUAAGAGGGUGACCUAGACAGUGAUGAAAUAUCAAGAUUUUGGAAUUUUAUGAUAGGAAGCCUCUCUAGUUAGCCUUCAUGCAAUUUUAUAGGAAAAUAAAAAAA